UAAAGUGACAGCGCUGAAGUCUUGCCUUAAGGACAUGUUUUACAUUACUCUGCUUAAGACGACCGAAACGGAGAAUUUAUGUCUUAAAGUAUAACUACUACUAUGAAUAGUCAGUAAAAGACAUAAACUGUUGUAGAUUUUGUGUGUUGGUGAUCAUGCCGCAGAGAAUUGUAGAUGUGUUGUUGUCCUGGCCAUGGCUACAAAUGUACGCAGCUUUCAGUGUAUAUUUACUGACAGGAUGCAUCUACAACGUGUGUGAAGAGGCGAAAGAUCCGUUCAAACAGACCGUUCUCACGAACAAACUCUCUCAGGACCCACCCGCUGGCAGGGCAGGCGAUGGCAAUGGCAACAAUGAAGAAUUAUAUGCAACUGUUUUUUGGCAUCACGAUACGGAGAGCUUCUACAUUUGGAUUCUUGUGAACACAAUGUGCUGUUUUCUUCUGCUGAUGGGAAAAUGUGUCCAGCUUGUUGUGUUCGGUGAAGUCAGAAUAAAUGAAAAACAGAACCUGAAGGAGAAAAUCUGGAACUUUCUAUUCCACAAGUCCAUCUUUCUCUUUGGUGUACUGAAUGUGCAGUCAGAGAGGGAGCUGGCCAUGUGGUGUCUUUGGUUCUCCACACUUCUCUUUCUCCAGUUGUUGGCCCAGCUCUGCAAAGACCGUUUUGAGUAUGUCUCGUCCUCCUCCACCACGACUCUGGGCAGACAUAUGCUCGUGUUGUUUCUGCUGAUGUGUUUGUUUGUGUCCUCUGGGGCUCUCACUGUAGCAUGUGGCCUGCUGGGGUUUUCCCAUGGUAUGCACACUCUCUUCUUUAUGGCCGUUGAAUGUCUCAUGGUGACUGUAUAUACGAGCCAUGCCAUUCUUCGGUACGCAUUUUACCUGUAUGACCUGAUCCAGGAAGCUUCCUGGGAAGAUAAAGAGGCCUGUAUUUAUUACACAGACUUUGUCAUGGAGCUGGGCAUUCUUUUCCUAAAUAUGAUGCAUCAUAUCCACAUGCUGCUUUAUGGAAAUCAUUUGUUCUCUGUGGCUGAUUUGGUUAUUUUGAGACAGUUACGUUUCUUGUCUCAGGAAAUGCGUCGCAGGUUACGUCAACACAAAAACUACCUGCAUAUUUAUAAUGUUUUGGACAAGAGGUUUUCUGUGGCUACAAUGGAAGAGCUGGCAUCUCAUGAUGACAGAUGUGCUAUCUGCUGGGAAAAGAUGUACACAGCAUACAAACUGCCCUGUGGGCACCUUUUCCACAAGUCAUGUUUGCAUUCCUGGCUAGAGCAGGAUAUGUCAUGUCCCACAUGUAGGAUGUCUGUGAGUGGCAGUCAUACCAGAAAUGAGCGGGAGAGGGCAUCACUGUCGCUCGGUCCGGGCUCAGCUGCUGUGCUGAAUACCAACAGAGCUCCAGUCAGAUACCACAGCCACCUCUUCCGUUUUCAUGUUGAAUUCGUGCCCUCUUCUAAUAUGAUCAUUCUACUGAAUGCAGAUGACUCACAGAUACCCCAGGAGGAGGAGAUGUUUCAUCAAGUAGACCUGCCAGAGUAGUCAGUUCUUUGAUUCUUAAAUGAAGGAGAAUGUGAAACUGACUAAAGAAAGACUGUGGAAAAGUGUGUAUGAAUGCUAUAAGGCAUAGUCUGUCUUUCCCUUUGAAUUUCUUUGAUGGCACUGUGCAAGUGCAGCAUUAACAGUUUUAAAGUGCUAAGAAGAUCUGAAAAGAAAAAAAUACAGUGUUUAUUGUAUUUCUUUAUAUAAAUAUGCACUAGCAGAAUAACUGAAGAAAUGAUCGCUUCAUAAAAAUUUUAAAUUGAGGUGGGAUGGCUUUAGUGUGAUUGAUUUGUAGUUAGACAUUUGUCACAAAUUCAUGCUCAAGUUCUGUUGUAGACAAAAGGUUGCUUUGCUUUUUUGCAUUAUGUAUUUAAUAUUUGUAAUGUUAUUUGUGUCUUUUUUACAUUUAA